GAAAUUCGACCGCGCUAUAUAUUUAUAAUAGUGUAGCUGUGGAAUCUGCUAAACGUACAAAAACUGAGACGACACUCAAGCAAAUAUUAUUACUGAACAGUUUCUGCAUACAAAAAUCUUUGUAGAGACAUGAAAUGAUUACAAAGGUAAACUUUCAAUAAAAAUACUGCAAGCAUGGCUAAUGAAAACGAGAAAGUCGAGGUAUGCCGUUUAUGUGGAGAAGAGUCUCGAAACUGUUUUUCAAUAUUUCAAGACAAAAAUAAUAUUUUCAAGAAAAUAAAAAUAUGUUUACCAAUCAAUAUUUCUUCGGAUGAUAAAUUGCCUUCCAAUGUAUGCAGACGUUGCUCACGUCGUUUAAGAAAGAGUUAUAAACUGCGUUGUACAGCAGUUGAGGUAGAUAAACGUCUGCGAAUGCAAUUAUAUCAAAAGCAGAGCGAUGAUGUCUAUACAAAUAAAGAUACAAAUAACUUUUCAGAGAACUUUCUAAAUAUUAAACAAGAGAUUAUAGACGAGCAGAACGUUCUGCAUGAUCAAAAUGAUACACAAGAGGAAACUGUUAAUUCAACUGAAGAUAACGAACCUGAAAUUGAUAUUGUUGAAAUGAAAUAUGAAGAUGUGAUGGAAGCCUCGAUAGAACAAAUUGAUAACAACUCUGACUUUGUUAAAAAUAAAACUGCAAACAACUGUCAAAGAUUUUUGGAACAUCAAACACUCGAACAAAAUGAACAAUCGCAGCAUAUACAAAAUGAACAUAAAAAGAAGUAUGAGUGUAAUCAGUGUGGAAAAUGUUUUAAUUUGCACAACUCGAGAUCGAGACAUGUACAACGUAAACAUAGAAAUAUAAAGUGUGAUCAGUGUGGAAAAUGUUUCAG